AUGGCCCUCGAUGCAAGGACAAUUGACGAGCUUGUCCGGCUAAAUGCCGAGCGCAACAAGGAUCAUGUGGCAGUUAUCGAGUCGCCUACAGGUGAUCAACAUUCUCAGUCAUACACGUCCAAGCAAAUCGAUGACUUUGCUUUCCAAGUUGCAUGUGUCUAUUCUGAGAAAUACGACUUGCAACCUCGGACCUCAUCUCACCAGAAGCCCAAAGUUGUUGCGUUAUGCGGUAUUGGAGACUUUGAGUAUCUCAUUACUGCACUCGCUAUAGCCAAGCUUGGCCAUACUACUUUGUUUCUAUCUCCAAGAUUGCCUCUCGAGAGCUGUGUUGGACUUUUAAGACCCUCAAACGCGGCGUUGCUGCUGGUUCAACAAGGCCAGCAAUCCCUGGCAGAAUAUGUAAAUGGUGAUUCUCUGGAUGUUGCGGCCGAGGCUGUUGCGCCAAUCGACCAAGGCAUGCCAACCCGCAGCAUAGAGGGCAGGCAGAAUACCAAUCUGACAGCAGCCCUCGAUAUAGAGGCAGAGAGAAACACGGCUGUAUGGAUCCUCCACUCAAGUGGCUCAACAGGUCUUCCCAAGCUGGUAUCCGUUCCCAACGGAGCUGCACUGCGUCGCUACACGGCAAAUCUCGGUAGCCUUGGACUCGACACUCUUACAACUGUACCACUGUAUCAUGCAUUCGGAAUGAGCAGCUUCUUUCGUUGCUUCAUAAGCCAAAAGACGAUUCAGCUUUACGCAAAACUCCCCAUUACAACCAGCCAUCUAUUGCAAGCUACACGAGAUCGAAUGUUUGGGUUGUUCUCUGCUGUGCCCUUCACUAUCAAGCUGCUAGCAGAGUCAGAAGAGGGUAUGCGCUUUCUGCGUGGCUUCAGUGUCCUCACGACUGGUGGAUCACCUAUGCCAGAGGAUCUGGGUACCGAAUUGCCCCCAAGAUCAGAGACCGGAACACUCCUGACUUCGUUGCGCCCGGCUGAAGACCACGAAUGGAGCUGGUUACGAGUCCCUGAGGAGGAUGGCCACCUUCUCCGGUUUGAACACCAGGGAUCUGACACGUAUGAGCUGAUAUGCCCCAAGGCAUGGUCGAUGCUGGCAGAUUCGAACCAGGACGACGGUUCAUGGAGAACAAAGGACUUAUUCACCAAGCACCCAACCAUUCCUGGUGCAUUCAAGUACAUAGGAAGAUUGGACGAUAUCUUGGUGCUUGAGAAUGGUGAAAAGUUCAAUCCAAUCUCUGUCGAGAGCGAAAUCUCAAGCUCCCCGCUCAUAGAUGGAUGCAUCAUUUUUGGCACAGGAAAGCCAGCUGCUGGUAUCGCUGUGAUUCCUUCCGAGGUAACAGAUCAUCUGACUAAGGAUGAGUUCAGGCUUUUACUGAGGCGCACCAUCGACAAAGCUCAGACUUCGUUACCGAUGUAUGGAAGAAUCACUGAGGAUAUGAUUCUUUUGUUGCCCAGAAACUCAGUUGCUCCCCGGACGGACAAAGGUACCAUCAUACGAAGCAAGUUCCUUAAGGCCUAUAAGCAGCAAAUUCAGGCCAUCUACGAAAAACAGGAUGCGGCUGUCGAAAGGAGACAGUACACGAAAGAUGAGAUAUUGAAGUUUUUGUCAAAGCAGCUCCUUCGCAGCGCAAUAAUGAAGCACGUCGACCUCGGAGUAAACAAACUCGGCAUCAACGUGGUAUUCGACUUUCCCACAAUUGCUUCGCUAGCCCAGGAGAUAUCCAGGGUUAGCUCCGGUGCAGAGGCUAGCAGUCUUGACGCCAAGGACGAACAAGAUGCGGCAAAUAUGUUACAGCGAUAUGCAAACUUCGGCGGCCAAAGAAGAGAACCAUGCAGUGCACGCACUUUGAGCCAAAACAUCCAGGUCUUGACUGGAGCGACUGGCUCACUCGGAGCACAUCUACUGGCAAAGCUGGCCCUUUCUUCAUCUGUUCAGACAGUCUACUGCCUCGUGAGGGCAUCAUCUAACGCGAAUGCCCAAGAACGUGUCGAGAAGUCGUUGGAAGAGAGAAACCUGAGAUCAAACUUUCCAGAAGAGCUGCCGCGGAAGAUUACUUGCUUGGCGGCUGAUCUUUCUGACCAAUACUUGGGUCUCGGGAAGGACACCUUUCGAUCUAUCGCGAGAGACGUCGAUAUAGUCUAUCACUGUGGAUGGACUGUCAACUUCAACCAACGUCUAAGCACAUUCGAGAAGUCAUGUGUUGCAGGCGUUCGCCAUCUGCUCGAUCUCUGUUUGGCCGGCUCUGGUUUAGCUGCCGCGCGUUUCAUCAUGUUCAGCUCCAUCGGCACUAUCAUGAGUACAUCAGAGGACACCAUCCCUGAGCGCCUACCAAGGUCCCUUGCAGAAGCCAACCGGACUGGAUACUCGCGCUCUAAGUGUGUCGCAGAGCAAAUCUGUGCCAAAGCUGCGGCUGAAGCUGGUCUUCAAGUAGCGAUCGUUAGAAUUGGUCAGAUUGUUGGCGAUACUAUCAAUGGCAUCUGGAAUACAUCUGAAGCGGUGCCAUUGAUGAUCAGAUCAGCUCAAACAAUUGGAGCACUGCCGACUUUGCAAGAGCGAGUCCGAUGGUUACCUGUCGACGAUGUGGCACAGAUUGUUAUCGAGAUUGGAUCAAGCGAUGCUAUAGUAGCAAACGAGACAUCUGUCUUCAACAUAGUGAAUCCUCAUACUCUCAGGUGGACAAAAGACUUACUCCCACUGCUAGCCCAGAAUGGUCUGGCCUUCCAGGCUGUUCCACCUUCGGACUGGCUCAAAAGACUUGAGGGGUCUGAUACUGAUCCCAAGGCAAACCCACCAAGAAAGUUGCUUGAGUACUUCAGAAGGCAAUGCCAGCAUCAAGACAGUGAGGAGCGAGAGUGGGAAACGAGUAGGGCAGACAAAUGGUCCCCAACUUUCCAUAAGUCGAGUGCACCGAGUCCGCAGUUGAUCUCAGUCAUAGUUGGUUAUUUCAAAGGGGCUUGGAAGGUGUAA